CAAUCCUGAACUUGGUCUGAUGACACAGCCAGCCUGUGUCAACCUAGCCAGAAUAGAUUCCUACGCUAGUGUACAGCUGCACUGGGGUCAGACAGAUUUCCUGUUCAGAUUAAAACGCAGCAGAGUCGAUGCAAGAAAGUAUAUGUCUUGAGAAAUGUGUUGUACUCUAAAUGGUCCCAUUAUCCCAACUGUUUCAUUGAGAAGAUCGAACAACUUCUCGUUUUUUCGCCGUUUUUCAAUCUUCUCAUCCUUGUAUUGAGUGAUCGGGGGCACCGGGAUGGCGUUUUUGGAGAAGCAGUCCCCGGGAAGGGUACUAUUGGAUGAUACGGUGGCCCUUACAGCACUGAUCGAGGCCAGCCAAAAUCUACAAUCUCACACGGAAUACAUCGUCCGAGUACAAAGGGGCGUGUGUACAGAAAACAGUUGGCAGGUCAUAAAGCGAUACAGCGACUUUGAUAUGCUGAAUAGCAGUUUGUUGGUCUCUGGCGUCAGCCUGCCUCUACCACCUAAGAAGUUGCUAGGUAACAUGGACAGGGAGUUCAUAGCAGAGAGACAGAGAGGACUACAGGUCUACCUAGACUUUAUUACUCAGCAUCACAUCCUAGCCACCUGCCAACUGGUCAAGAAGUUCCUCGACACCAACAACUACUCUGCCAACUACACAGAAAUCGCCUUACAGCAGGUAUCCAUGUUCUUCAGGUCGGAUCCUAAGUGGGAAGUGGUGGAGCCUCUGAAAGACAUUGGGUGGAGGAUACGGAAGAAAUAUUUCCUAAUCAAAAACAAAGAACAACCCAAGGAACGUCAAGUGUUGAGUUGGGUUGACUUGGGUCCAGAUAAAUUCCUGUCAGACAAAGACCUUCAGUCGACCAUGAAGCUCCUACCCAGCCUCACUAAUCCGUACAUCUACCCGGUGACGUUUGCCAACACCAGUGAGUUGUCUGCUCUGGUCAUCAGGAUGUUUAAGGAAAAAGGCACUCUGAGGGAUCUCAUAUGUAAGGUGAAGCCUAAAGAGGCCUUUAUGAGGAAGUACUGCAGCCCCAAGAAGAUCCAGGGACUGGAGCUGCAGCAGAUCAGGACGUACGGAAGACAGAUUCUGGAGGUUCUGAGGUUCCUCCAUGACAAAGGUUUUCCGUAUGGUCACCUCCAUGCCUCUAACAUAGUGAUAGAAGACAACACGUGUAAAGUACUGGACAUAGAGAACAGCCUGCUGGGCCUGCCCUCGUACUACCGGCCAUACAUCACACAGUUCAGGAAAAUCAACACGACAGAGAGUAUAGACGUAUACUCGUUUGGACACUUACUGUAUGAAAUGACGUACGGAAGACCUCCUGAUGCUGUGCCUGUCGACCAGUACCCUGCUGUGACUUACACCUCAGUGGUGUCUGUGCUGCAAUCCAUCCUGUCCACAGAUGCCUGUAAGACUGGGAUGCCCACUGUUGCACAACUGCUGCAGACACCGCUGUUCAGCGAUGUGCUGCUGUUUCACUCAGAGAAACUCCAGUUCAAGAUCCCCACCAAAUUAAGAGACGCCUUGAAAACCGCCAAAGAGUGCAUGGAAAAGCGGCUCCAAGAAGAGCAGAAAACGAACCAGCAGCACAGGAGGCUGACCAGAGCUCAGUCCCACCACGGCUCAGAGGAGGAGAAGAGGAGGAGGAAGAUACUGGCUAGAAAGAAGUCCAGACAGUCGGCCUAUGAGAACGAGGAGGAUCUCUCUGUGAAGUACAACAACAACUCUGGUUCAGGAGCCAGCUCCCCACCGACCUCUCCCUCCUCCCCCACCCCUCCACACACUACAGAGCAUGCACCAUUUUGAACAUGUGUGGGGAGUUGCACCACCUCCUCCUCCUCCUCCUCUACCUCCUCCAAGUGAUAACCCUGGCCAGUCCCACGCCCCUCCGCAUCCUCCUCUCCCUGGGCCAGGUCCUCCUCCUGCCAACGGUGUGGGGCGUGGUGCCCUCCUCAGCUCCAUCACGUCAUUCAGUAUAGGCAAACUGAAGAAAGCAGUGACCAUCGACCGCAGCAUCCAACACUCUGAAGAGGGCCGCUCUUCCUUCUCGUCCUGACCCUGUGGCCCCAGUCACCCCUAAAGGUUACCUGUCGUCCUGACCCUGUGGUCCCAGUCACCCCUAAAGGUUACCUGUCGUCCUGACCCUGUGGUCCCAGUCACCCCUAAAGGUUACCUGUCGUCCUGCUCAAUCAUAUUUUUGCUCUUUCAGGUUUUUUUUGCUUCUAAAUUUAGUUCCCGUCUGAUGAGUUGACCCCCAGCCCCGCCCCUUAAGGUUUGAGGUAGGGGACGGGGCAUCAACUCCUUUCCAAUAUGGCCGCCUCGUUAGUUCUCCCUUUAGCACAAUAAUGACUGGUCAGUGGACUGUACAGGUGGUUUAAAGAUGAGGUGGCAUCAGCAUGGUGUCUAUCUGGAAGACUGCAGUGAAGGACUUCAUGAUUUCAGUGGAACGUCUUCUUAUUUACAGCGAAGUGACUUGAAUGAAACGUACAAGCAACUGUGAGGGAAGUGAUUCAGAAAGCAAACACAUGAACCACAGGUGUUUUAGAGGGACUGGGACUCUGACCUGAUAUCCAACAGCCAUGUCAUCACAGUGAGACAACAAUGAAAGAACUGUCUGGGACUCUGACCUGACAUCCACCAACCAACAGCAUGUCAUCACAGUGAGACGACUCUGAAAGAACUGUCUGUGUCAUCACAGUGAGACGACUCUGAAAGAAUUGUCUGUCAUCACAGUGAGAUGACUAUGAAAGAAUUGUCUGUCAUCACAGUGAGACGACUAUGAAAGAACUGUCUGUGUCAUCACAGUGAGACGACUAUGAAAGAACUGUGUCAUCACAGUGAGACAACAAUGAAAGAAUUGUCUGUCAUCACAGUGAGACGACUAUGAAAGAAUUGUCUCUCAUCACAGUGAGACGACUCUGAAAGAACUGUCUGUGUCAUCACAGUGAGACGACUCUGAAAGAACUGUCUGUGUCAUCACAGUGAGACGACUCUGAAAGAACUGUCUGUGUCAUCACAGUGAGACGACUCUGAAAGAACUGUCUGUGUCAUCACAGUGAGACGACUCUGAAAGAACUGUCUGUGUCAUCACAGUGAGACGACUCAAAGAACUGUGUGUCAUCACAGUGAGACGACUCUGAAAGAACUGUCUGUGUCAUCACAGUGAGACGACAAUGAAAGAACUGUCUGUGUCAUCACAGUGAGACGACUCUGAAAGAACUGUCUGUGUCAUCACAGUGAGACGACUCUGAAAGAACUGUCUGUCAUCACAGUGAGACGACAAUGAAAGAACUGUCUGUGUCAUCACAGUGAGACGACUAUGAAAGAACUGUCUGUCAUCACAGUGAGACGACUAUGAAAGAACUGUCUCUCAUCACAGUGAGACGACUCUGAAAGAACUGUCUGUGUCAUCACAGUGAGACGACUCUGAAAGAACUGUUGGUCUUAUGUUUAUUGGAUCUAUUUUUUUGAAGCUUUUUGUUUUCUUCUAAUGAAUGGAAGGAGAUGUGAUGCUGUUGGACUGUCUGUGUUGCUUAUAUCUAUGUGCCACAUUCAUCUCUGUGCCUGCGUCAAUAUAUAGCCUUGUGUCCCAAAUGGCAUCCCAUUUCCUAUAUAGUGCACUACUUUAGUAGUCCGCUAUAUAGGGGAUAGGGUGCCAUUUUCAAAUGCACAGAUAGAUACAAAAAAAAUCUAUGGACGCUGCAAGGAUUAAAAUCUCAGUUUACCCAUGGCCGCUUGUUUAGUAAACGAGAACCACCAGAAAUCUGUCAUCAUUCAGUAUGUAAAAUAAUUACCCCAAAUGAUGACAUGCUGUACUUACUGGUAUUAAUCAGUAACAGUAUACAAAUUAAGAUUCAAAUACCUUUUUAAAAGAUUGUUUUGUUUUUCCUCUCCAAAAUAGCAGUUUAAAGAUGUUGAAGGAUCGACUAUUUCUCUGCUGCACUUGACUGAGGGGGAGGGCUUUUCUCUACGAUCCAGGAUUGACACACAACUGUGAGCGGUUUACUGGGAGAAUGUAUCUAAAAAAAUAAAUUCUGGUGUUUACAAGAAAUUAAUCCUAAAAUGAGUUAACUAGCUAAUCUGUUUUUGAUCAUCAUAAUCUGUACCUCUGCUACAUCCAACCACUGUCAGACGAACUGAAGGAACAAUACAUCCUCAAUCUGUCUGAAAAGCCAAGUUACAAUCUGCAAAACUGUCUGAAAUGCUUUGUCUUGUCAACAUUACAAGAUUAACUUGUUUUGAAGAUUGAUAUAUUGGCACAUUCAGGACAAUUACUAAUUGGCUGCAUUUGCACAGGUAGCCAAUUCUUAUAUUUUGCCAAUAAUUGGUCUUUUGGCCAAUCCGAUCAUAUCCUUUGCCAAUAAUUGGGCAACAGAUAAGAACUGGGCUGCCCGUGUAAACGCAACCAUCGAGUUUCAUUAUCUCUGCUUAUUGUUACCUACUCUUUACAUCACUAACAGAGUGGUGUGUCCUUGUAUGUAACAAUACCCAGAAUACAUUUCCCCUCAUUAUGUAAUUUUAUCCAAUCUCUCACCUCUCUCUCUUUUCCAGUUCAGGGGGUCGUCUAAGCGAGGCUUCAGUAUGACAUUGUGUUUAUUUGGCAGCCGAUUCUCCAAUAAGAAUGCUCCAUGCUGCAUAGUUUAUGUAAUUAAUAAUGCUGUUAGUUUAUAAUUAAGUCUUUCUAUCAUCGCUGCCUGCCAACCUUUCUGAUUUGCACUGCUGAGUAUGGAGUUUUAAAGUAAAUACUAUACCACCUUUUGGCAGUAUGAAUUAACAAGUCGGUGACAGGAAAACAAAAUAUUUUAUGAUUGAAGAUGACUGCACUUUAAAAUGAAGUUACUAACAUUUUCCAACCCCUUUUUUGGGGGUUGGGGUGGUGGGGGUUGUAUGAAACCAUAUAUUGUCCGUCUGCUGCAUUAAAACAUUAAAAUCAUAACUGUUUGGGGUUUGUAUGUUUUGACCCUGCACAGCUGUGUCGGAAAAAGAAAAAAAAAUACAAUGUUAUCGACAUUGCCGUAUUAUACUUAUUUUAUUAAAAUCAUGGACUGAAAUGUGUGGUUUGUUGAA